UGAUUCCAUUUCUAUCCUUCCCGUCUCUCAUUUCCCUGGACCUUUCCUUUCUCUUAUACAACCUUCUCUCCCAAUUCCUUGGUCCCUCGAAGCCCAAUAUCCAGACGACAUUGCUCCCCGGAGUAAUUCUUCCACUCGAUUUCGCGCAGUCGCGGUCGGUCAAUUCGCCAGAUCUGGCUGAGCCUUAGAACAAGUCUGCGCCGAAAAUGGCCGAGUCUUCCGCGGCGGCGGCAGCGCCGACAGCGGCCACAACAGCAACCGAUCCCGCGACCACGAGUGAGACGAAGUCUGAGCCUGAGCCAUCACCGACCACCGAUUCUCCCCCGGAGACGACACCGACUCCGGAGACCACUUCGUCGUCAUCGUCUUCCGAUCCCCCCCCCACUACCUCAUCAGAGAGUUCAACUUCGUCAGAGGAGCCGUCCACGUCGAGUGAGCCUCCAACGACCAGCUCCGAAUCAACUACCAGCUCCGAAUCAACUUCUACCAGUGCCACCGAACCUCACACGACUCCUAUCACCACGACCAUCGAGACCCAGACGCCGACAGACGGCACCACUGCGCCGCAAACCCUUACAAUCACAUCGACCGAUUCACCACUCCCAACGACCACCGGUAACUCCGCGGAUGGCGUCACUGCGACAACAAGCGGGUCGACCGCAACGGCGUCCGCUGCCGAUUCAGGCGCUAGUGGUGGAUCGAAGCUCUCCACAGGUGGCACCAUCGCAGUUGCAGUCGUGGUGCCAGUCUGCUCCGUAGCGAUGAUCAUUCUGGCCGCACUGUAUUUCUACAGGAAAUGGAAAGCCAAGAAGGCGGCCGAAGAGGAGCGAAGGAAAGAGGUGGAGGAGUACGGGUUCAACCCGAAUAACGAUCCGUCUCUGCCUCCUAUCAUGGGCGGUGGUGCUUUCGAAACCAAGGAUGAUAACACGUCCGGUUAUCGAGGGUGGGGAAACACAUCGGCCGGUCGCAAAGCGUCCACCAACUUGUCGAGUGGUCCUGGCGUUGGGCUAGCAAUGUCCGAAGCCGGAAGCGCCCCCGGAUAUCACCACACCGCGACUCCCAGCGAUGGCACAAUUCAAUUCUCGGAUGGGCCCGCAGCGGGGAGUGAAAAUGAGCCAGUUGGCGUCUUGGGGGCUGCCCCGGUAGCGAGCACCAACAAUCGAACCACCGAUAUCCACCGUGGUCCCUCCAAUGCCUCGUCCGCGUAUUCGGCAGGCAACCGCUCCGAGGCCUCGGACGAGAGUCACAUGUCUGCCACCCACCCUACCGGCCAGUAUUAUGAAGACCAUCCUUAUUACAACGACAUGCAAUCGCAGUACGGCGCAUAUGGCGAGGGUUCAUAUCCCGGUAGCCAGCCGGUGAUUCGGGACGUUCAAGCUCGUCGCAACACACGCAUCGAGAACCCGGCUGUAUUUCCUCGACAAGGGAAUGCUGGGAUAGCACAGAACUUUUAGGGACUUGUCUUUCCUGGUGUUUUUGUUUCCGCGAGUGUAUAUAUACAUAUAUAUACACCGAAUUCGAGAAGGGCAUCCGGGCCUCCUAGUUGCUUAUGACGAUUCACAAUACUAUCGCGUUUGGUUUAAACUGGUAAGACCAAUCAGAGGCCAGCAAG